AAGAAAACGCAGAAAUUACCCUGGAUGUGUCAUUAGCGUAUCGCGAUGACAUGUUUGAUGAUUGGGAAGAAAUAGCACACGCAAUAGAGAUCAGGAAGCUGAAAUGCACCUUUGGCUCACCAAAAACCCUGGAGUCUGAAGGCCGUCACUACGACUGUGACUUCCUUCCCUUCAUGGAGAUCGGCAGCGUGGCUCACAAGUACUACCUCAUCAAUAUCCGUCUCCCUGUGAACGAGAGGAAAGGCAUUAAUGUGGGCAUUGGAGAAAUCAAGGAUAUCCGCCUCGUGGGCAUCCAUCAAAAUGGAGGCUUUACAAAAGUGUGGUUUGCCAUGAAGACCUUCCUCACCCCCAGCAUUUUAAUUAUCAUGGUCUGGUACUGGAGACGGAUCACGCUGAUGACACGCGCUCCUGUCCUGCUGGAGAAGGUCAUCUUUGCUCUGGGAAUUUCCAUGACGUUCAUUAACAUCCCCGUGGAGUGGUUUUCCAUUGGAUUCGACUGGACCUGGAUGUUGCUCUUUGGAGACAUUCGACAAGGCAUCUUCUAUGCCAUGCUCCUGUCGUUUUGGAUCAUUUUCUGCGGAGAGCACAUGAUGGACCAGAAUGAGCGGAAUCGUCUCUCGGGGUACUGGAAGCAGGUUGGACCCAUAGCUGUUGGCUCCUUCUGCCUCUUCAUCUUCGACAUGUGCGAGAGGGGAGUGCAGCUGAAGAACCCCUUCUACAGCAUCUGGACCACCGAAGUUGGCACGGAGCUGGCUAUGGCCUUUAUUAUAGUUGCGGGAAUCUGCUUGUGUCUCUAUUUUCUCUUCCUGUGUUUUAUGGUCUUCCAAGUUUUCAGAAACAUCAGUGGAAAGCAGUCAAGCCUCCCAGCCAUGAGCAAGGCUCGCCGCCUUCAUUAUGAGGGGCUGAUUUUUAGGUUCAAGUUCCUGAUGCUCAUUACCCUGGCUUGUGCAGCGAUGACGGUCAUCUUCUUCAUCGUGAGCCAGGUGACCGAAGGCCACUGGAAGUGGGGGGACAUAACGAUACAAGCGAACAGCGCCUUUUUCACCGGCAUCUAUGGGAUGUGGAACCUCUACGUCUUCGCCCUGAUGUUCCUGUACGCACCGUCACACAAGAAUUAUGGUGAAGACCAGUCGAACGGUGACCUGGGAGUGAACAGUGGGGAAGAGCUUCAGCUCACCACCACCAUCACCCAUGUGGAUGGGCCGACGGAGGUUUAUAAGCUGGCUCGCAAGGAGGCUCAGGAGUAA